GCUUCUGGAGCAGUUUCGUUGACCCGUUGGUUGACUAGGGAACGAGCAAAAAGCGUAGCCUGCACAGUUGUUGCGAGGAAUCGAGCUGGCUCCGAGGAUACCGCAAAGAUUGUGAUAAAAACGGCCAGUACCAAUCAGCAUUCACCAAUAUUCAAGCGGCAGUUCUAUCGAGGAUUUAUUCGAGAAAAUAGUCCAAGUGGUUCUUCCGUACUGCUCGAAAAUAACUCUCCACUGCUGGUUUCUGCAACAGAUAAGGAUGUGGGUCCCAACGCGCUCGUCGGUUACCGACUCCUCAAUCCGAAUGAACCGUAUUUUGUGGUAGAUUUCGUGACAGGAGCGAUUCGCUCUAGAAAACCGUUGGAUUAUGAGAAGAUGAAGGAAUGGAUAUUUUACGUGCAGGCU